AGGGAGAUGUUUCGCUGCGGGUCGACUCUCCCGCGCUUCUAACAUCGUGGUUUAUUCAAGGGAUAUUUGUUUCGAGAUAGUGCGCCCUAAAAACCUUUCGACAGUAUUGAUAGUGUUGUGAGUAAACUGUGUAGACAUUAUUCGAAACUAGUGAAGUGUUUGUCAAUGGGAAAAGUUGCUGCCUUUCAACGGAUGUGGAUGCGAUGAGAUUUGUUUGAAUUUAUGAAAUGAACAAAGAUCGAGAUAAAAUCCGUUCUGUUGACUAUUGAAUGUACUGUUUGUGAAACAAUGAGAAAGUGAUAAAGUUGAGAAAACGGUGAACUUUCUGCACAGCUGGAUGUUUUGUGAAUUUAAUAUGUUGCAGAGAUAGUGUUGAUAUCAUUCUUCAGAUCAUAGAAUAUUGCGUAUGGACGAAAGAAACAACGAUAGUCCAAGAGAGGCGUCAUCGCGCGCUAUUUGGACGGUAAAAAAUGUGUGGAAUGCAAGCUUUACUUCAAUCAAGAGAGAUUUGUUGGAAUCUAAAUUGACUGAUACAAUCAAAUAUUUCUUCAACAAGGAAGACCAAAAUGUUCCGAAUGUCAAUAAAGAAGUUAAUACCGAAAUUCUUACUGCAGAAGCGAGUGAUAUUAAAAGCGAACGUCUUAUAGCAAUCGAAGUAAGAAGAAAUAUAGAAGAUGAUUUAAGAAAUGAAGAAGACGAGGAAAUCAGAAAGAACGUGUGGAGCGAUGUUGAUGAUGAACUAUACAUAGCCAAUUUAAUUAAACUAAGAACUUCAAAUGAAGACAAACGUGUGAAACGUGAUACUAGUGCUUACAUAAGUGUUAGUGAUAUCGGAGAUAAGGUUGUGAAUAGUGUUAAGUUAGAUUACGAGAUGUGGGAGUUAGAACCAACGGAUCUAACGGAGUGUGACUGUCUCGGGCCGCCUCCGGAGUUCCUACUACCUCCGCCUCCGCGACCGCCUUUCCUGCAAGCCGAAUACUACUGUGGGGAUGAUCCAAUUCCUGAUCUUGAGACAUGCGACACAGAACCAAAGAUAGACGCGUACAACCACAGCGGGCCAUCGUUCCAGACGUCUGCAGUGAUCGCUCUCUGCUCUGUCGUGCUGCUUGUUGGUGUGCUUGUUGGUGCUGUCCUUGUCUGGAAACAUAAGCGGAAAGUAACAAAUUUCCUGCCGUCGAAAUCAUCAGCGCCAUCGCAUAGUGGUGGGUCGCAGAGGCGAGCGCCUCCACAAGCGCCCUUGUACGAAGACUUGCAGGACCUGCCCAGGCGACCCCCGCUGCCGCAUAGACCUAAUAUCGAACCACAACUAGAAAUGGUGGAAACGAAGCGACCCAAUUGUCCGGGCAGAGUAUUUGUCUGUGACAGUGGGGGCACGUGGCGCGGCGGCAACUCUUGUGGAGGUGACGCGUGCGGGGCUCCGCUCUAUGAGGAACUGCCUCACAGAUCGGAUGACUCGAUACACAGCGACGAUCACUUCGCAGAAGACGAACUAAGUCUCGUCGGCGAAGCCGCUCCCUGUCGAACAUGUUCCAGACCUACAGUCCCACAUUCACUACCACAUCGUCAAAGACCACAAAGAAUGGAUAGACGACCCAAGUCUUUGGAAAGACGUCGUGGUCAUCAUAGAAUGCCGCGUCACAUGCAUCCACCGGAUCCUUCAGAGUUUCAUGAAGGUGUUCUUUUAGAUGCACUGCUAAGAUUGUAUCCUCAAGUCGGUACAGUUGGAGCGAGGCCGCCGGGGCCAUUACCAAUGCAAGCAGGAGGCGCUUGGCCAGGAGGAGAACUUCCUGGGAUUGCCUGUUGGAGAGGUCCUCGCGCUUCACCCAAACCACCUAGUGGUGACUCUUCCUUCGGAUCCGAUUCCGGCUACAGCAAUAAUACAUGUGGAACUUGUGGAACUAGAGCGUCAUCAAGGCAUCGCUUAUCAGCUGAAAUUCCUAUGUCAUGAACAAAACAGUGGCUUUGUGGACUAUAUGUGAUAUAAUUAUGUGCUAUAAAGCUUCUAAUGUUUGACAAACUUUAUGAUGUAUCAAAAAAUCUGGAAGCUUUUAGGUACUACAUAUAAGUCUUUCUCUCGCGGCCUAAUCAAACUGAUGUUCAGUGCGGCCUCAUUUUUCCUUGUUCAGUUAACUGUUUGUGUAAAUGAGGACUUCAAUAGUCAGUGUAGGUACCAUGGUUGAGAUCCUAUACGUAAGACAGUUUUCAAUUGUAAUAUCUUGUAUUUAUUUUAAAUUGUUCUUGCCAAUGUAUGUCACAUAAAAAUAGUAUUUAAAUGUAUAAUUGCAUAAAUAAUUUUGUACAAAAUUUACGACCAUGAAACUUAUGUAGACGUAGUGGUUUUUCUUAGUAAGUUAUUCGGAACUAGUCCUAAAUUAUGAUUGAAUUGAAUUAUAUAAGAU